ACCUGAAAAGGAAGAAAAAACAGAUUGUGAGUGUGACCGCAAUGAAAAUUUCAUUGUGAAUAAUGAGAAAAUGCUGGCACUUAUUAAAGAUGUACAUGCAAGUGGUUGUAAGAAACCAAACAUGAAAAUGAAAGUUACACGUGCUGGUCUGUGUGUCUACAUCUGUGUAAAAUGUAGUUACUGUGGAUUUAAUUCGCAAACAUUGCCAAUGUCGGACACAAUCCAGACCGCAAGAGGCCCCCCUGCAGGAUUUUUGAACUAUUUAGUAGCAAUGCCAGUGCUAAAAUCUAAAAUUGGAAUGGAUGAUGUAGCUACUGUAUUAACAUGGCUUAAUAUUAAGGCGCCAUGCAAGCAAACAUUUCAAAAAAAGUUUAAUGACUUGGGACAAGCACAAACAGAACUGAGCGACAAACAAUUGGAACUAAAUCAGGACUAUGUCGCAAAUGUCAUGAAAAAAGCCGGCUUCGAACCUGAAGUUGACAUCCAAUUUGACGUCGCCUACACAUGUCGACCCCAGGGGGGAUGCGAAAAGUCUACACAAAGCUUUGGGGCCCUGGUAGAACACAAUACAGGUCAAAAACUCCCACUUGCCAUAGCCAUGGCCAACAAGCAUUGCAGAAAAAGGUACUGCAGGCAUGAUAACUGCUCAAAAACCUUUGCAGCUGAGGCCUCGAUUGCAAGCAGUGAGCGAGUAUUACUUCACAGGUCAUUGGAUAAAGUGAAAGAUGGUCCUUUGGCAGUAAGGUCAAUAACCACCGACUCUGGUACGCAAUCGGCAAAGGCUAUACGGGAUUACUAUGAGCUUAAAAAGCAAACAAAUCACUUAAAAAAGCAGACGGCCACCCACUACAAGUGCUUUGUUCACAAGCUGAGAGCUCUCGAAAGACAUGUGCGUGCCGCAAAGUCAGACAUCAAAUCCAUUCCAAAAAAGUACAACAAAGACGAAUACAUGCGUAAGCUGGCCAGCUGCCUCCGCUGCCGAGUGCGCAUUGAACUGGAAAGACUGCGAAAACAGAGCUGCAGUGAUGAGCUUUUUCUUCGAUCGGCCAAAUUUGCUAUAGAAAACAUCAUGCAUUGCUUCUCCGGAGAUCACAAGAUGUGCAAGGAACGCUCACGAGUGUGCACCUAUCGAGUGACCAGCUCGUACAAACAUUUGCCCUAUGGAGAGCCACUAGCACUCCAGGAGAGUGACAAGAAAAUUAUUUUAGGAAACAUUAAUAAAACAUUUGAUGCCACGGGGUUGAAAGAAGUGGCAAAGCUCUUUAACACAAAUGCUUGUGAGAGCUUAAAUGCAUCUGUGUUUCAUUAUGCCCCCAAAACUUCAUUCUAUGCUAGAAACUUUGCAGCUCUGUGUCAUUCUGCAGUUCAUACAAGGUCUAUGGGGCCCAGCAAAUCAUCAAUGAAGGUGGCAGAAAAGGUGACAGGGAAAAAAAUCAGUUUACAUAGCAUGAUAUACAACCAACUGAAGGCCAAGGAUCGCAGACGGGAAUAUGACAGCCGCAGGAAGGCCUCAGUGCGGUACAAAAUAGUCAGAUUCUACCUUAGAAAGCGGCACGCAAACAGAGCCCUGUACCGGGACGGUCUAUAUGCCUCUGAAAGUAUGCCAUCUACAAGUGCUGCUGACCAUAGCUAUGGACUUAAAGUGUAAAGCAGAAAACCUUGUGAUGUACAGUACAUGCAAACUGCGAACGGCAACAUAACAAUAACCUAACUUGUAUAUUUACCGCAGACCACAGACAGCAUUCCCUGAAGCCCCUGUGACCCGAGCAUUGACCAUUUGUAAGGCACACUUUGCGGGAAUUAUUAACAGUUACUGGCUCAUACGAUAAAUGCUCUAUAUUAAUGCAAAGCUUAUUGUGGCAGAGGUGUGAGAUAUGGAAAUUGCGCUGCAGUGCACUGUGUCCGGGAUCACACAAAUAGUACUUGAGACGGUGGACUUUUAGCUUGAUGCGCUUGCCCGAUACAACAACACGGUGCACACCAUAGCCGUACCUAUCUGUUUCACCAGUCCACAGGCAACACAGACCAACCAACUCACUCUUUUCACCCAGAACAGCUUCCAGUUUCACUACAAGCUGAUCCGGGGGAAAACUCGAAAAAAAAGCAGCGGCCAUGAGUCACAGGGUCUUAAGCACAGAUGAAUCUGAAGAAAAGUGAAAAAAAGCGCGGGGAAUAUUAGCACACGCAGGAGUAGAGGCAAGAAAGCCACCCAGUUUAAGCUGGGACACAAGCCAAAAUGGACUACAUCCACUGAAAUACACCAACCUGGAGUUUCCAGUGCAAGUUCCGAGGCGCCGAAAGCUUCUAAACGACUGGUACGGCUGACAGACAAGGAAGCCAGGGACAGUCAAUUCGUCAGAACCACAGCAGGGUUAGCACAGGCAGACACUCUGGCAUACACUCUCAGACCUAAACCUGAAAAGGAAGAAAAAACAGAUUGUGAGUGUGACCGCAAUGAAAAUUUCAUUGUGAAUAAUGAGAAAAUGCUGGCACUUAUUAAAGAUGUACAUGCAAGUGGUUGUAAGAAACCAAACAUGAAAAUGAAAGUUACACGUGCUGGUCUGUGUGUCUACAUCUGUGUAAAAUGUAGUUACUGUGGA